UUCCCCUUCACUUCCUGUCCUCCACCUUGGAAAACAGGACUUGAUAGCCAUGAAGGUCCUCAUCCUUGCCUGCCUGGUGGCUCUUGCUCUUGCAAGAGAGACUGUGGAAAGCCUUUCAAGCAGUGAGGAAUCCAUUACACACGUCAACAAGAAACUUGAGAAUUUUAAGAGUGAGGAACAGCAGCAAAGAGAGAAUGAACGCCAGAAUAAAAUCCACACCCCUUUCCAGCAACAGUCUCUAGUCUAUCCUAGUGCUGAUUCCAUCCCUUAUGCUAUCCUUCCACAGAAUGUCCUGUCUCUUGCUCAGCCUGUUGUGGUGCUGCCUUUCCCUCAGCCUGAAAUAAUGGAAGUCCCCAAAGUUAAGGAGAGCAUCUUUUCUAGGAGCAAAGUGAUGCCCUUCCUUAAAUCACCAAUAGUGCCCUUUUCGAACAGCCAAAUCCAGAGCCUUGCUGAUCUUGAAAAUCUGCACUUUCUUCAAUCUCAGCCUCAGCCUCAGCCUCUGCUCCAGCCCCUGAUGCACCAGAUCCCCCAGCCUCUUUCUCAGACUCCCAUGCUUACUCCUCAGCCAUUGCUGUCCAUCCCACAGUCCAAAGUCCUGGCUUUUCCCCAGCAAGUGAUGCCCUUCCCCCAGAGAGACAUGCCCCCACAAGCCUUUCUGCUGUACCAGGAGCCUAGCCGUGAGGCCCACCCUGUGACUCAACCACUUGCCCCAGUUUACAGCUCUGCUGUUGUUUAAGAGAAUUUCAGAGUUAAUGUCCCCACUUUGGACUUUGAAUUGACUGCGACUGGAAAUGUGGCAUCUUUUCACUCAAAUUCCUGAUAGCAA